UUAUGAUAACACAUACAGAGAAUCAGUCAGUCUUUCGUGGUCUUUCGAAUCACAUCGUGGUAGAUAUACUUAAAGAUUGUAAUAAAGUGAGUGCGAACGUUUUGUAUUCUUCCGACAUUGCAUACUGCUACAGUAUUAAUUUUUUGCAGUUUAUAAAACAAAUUAUAUCAAUAUACAUAUGCAAUUAACAUACUGGACCGAAAUAUUGGUGUUUUAGAGAUCUAAAGUAAAUAUUCUUUUUCUUCGACAUGAUGCUAUUUCUAAAACUAUUAUUAAGUAGUGGAUUAAUUUUUAUCGCUGCGACGGCUUCCACUCGUAAUGAAUCUUUAUGCUAUCAACCAUCAGAAUAUGUAAAACCAAUACAUUACGAUAUGAAGUUUACAUCACGAAUUGGAAGAAAUCUUUUCUUUGGAGAAUGCAAUAUCAGCAUAAGUAUUCUUAAUAAAACGCAUCACAUAUAUUUACAUUCAAAAAGAUUAAAUAUUAGCAAUAUAAUAGUGCUAUUUACAAAUUUUGAAAAAUAUCAUGACAAUGAUAAAAAUGCAGUUUAUAAAUCGAUAUAUAAUAAUUACACUGUAAUUAAUGAAAAAGACACAACUGAUAUAUCCUUUAUGGAUGAAUUAUCACCAGGAAAUUACACCUUAAAUAUAAAAUUUGAUGCUACUGUUGGUGAAGUCUUUAGAAUUUUCAACUUGAAAGAAGAAACUACCACCCUUUAUACUGCGCAUGAUGCAACACGCUUUCACUGAAGAUAUAUUUUGGAAACACAUUCGCUCAUAUAUAAAUAAAACAACCAUUCUGAAUUUUUGGAAAGAAAUUGUUAUUCCUGCAAUAGAACCAGAUAUUUCUCUAGACAUAAUGACUUAUAGACAAUGUCCUAUCAUAAAAAUAAUACGAAAUUAUGAGGAUGCUAUGAGCCAAGCAAAUGUAUCGAUACAAAAUAUCGACACAUUACAUAUUGACUGUGUUCCUCUAACUUUUACUACACAAACAUCUCCCGAUUUUAACAAUUUUACUCAUCAUAUAGUAUGCAUGUCAAGGGAUUUAAAACUAUCAUUAGCAUCUAAAGAGACUGGUUGGAUUAUAUUCAAUAUACAACAAAUUGGAUAUUAUCGCGUGAACUAUGAUGAUGAGAAUUGGCGAAGAAUUUCACAUUAUCUAAACCAUGAUGAUUACACGAAAAUUCAUGUUCUUAAUCGUGCCCAAAUUAUCGAUGAUGCAUUUCAUUUAAUGAUAGCAGAACAACUUAAUUCAUCUAUAUUCUGGGAUAUCAUAUCGUAUCUAAAUCGAGAAGAAGAUUAUAUAGCGUGGUAUCCUAUGUUUAAAGCUCUGGAAUACAUGUUCAGUACUUCUCUGGUAGUGUUGAAAGAAAAACAUGGAAAUCUCAAGAAUUACAUAAACGAUAAAUUAAACGGGACAUUUAAAAGAAUCAAAUAUGAAGAAAUUAAUGAUAAUGACGACCUUAGAAAAUGUUUACAACAAGAAGUAGCAAGAUGGGCAUGUUUUCUCGGUGACAUUACUUGUAAGGAAAAAGCCAACAAUAAAUUAAAACAACAUAUCGAAGAUCCUAAAACACACAGACUUUUGCCAUGGUGGAAGGAAUGGACAUAUUGUAAUGGUUUGAUGUUGACCAAAGAAGAGACCACAUGGCAAUCAGUGUAUGAUAUAGGAUUGAAUAAAUCUGACACUAAGUUUUUAGAAUAUUUGGCUUGCCCUGAAGAUAUUAAUUUCAUUAAAAAGUAUUUAAGAUAUAAUCAAAACAUUUCUACAAAACAGGAAUAUCCAAAUUCUUUUAACAGUUUCUUACAUAUUAUGACGAAGCAUGCGAAGAAUCAAAUUAUACUGGAGUACAUAUUAGAUCAUUUUAACGAAAUAAAACCAAAAUAUGUUAGUACAACUGCAGCAUUACUUAUUAUUAUUAAUAACAUACAUGUAUAUUCCGUAAAUCUAACUCAGCAAAUAUUAGAUAGCGUUAGAGAUAUUAUAGGAACUAACUUAGUUGAAGUGAAUAACACAGAAGAUUUACUGAAAAGUCAGAAAAAAAAUCAAACAAAGGAAAUACUUCAAAUAAAUGAGGGUUACAUUAAGAUAAAUGAGCAUAACAUACAUGACCGAAUUAGACGCCAGAUAGACAUUCGGGACGAUCAAACCGAAAGACAAAGAUCGAGAUUAUACGUUAAGAAUUUAAUAUUGAAGCUAAUAUUAAGCAUGCCACCUUUAGAACCUGAUCCUAAUAAGUUUCGAAAGUAUUUAGUAGGAUUCACUCCCCGAUUUGGGCGCUGAGGCUUAAGCAUCGUAAGGGUCUAUAUAAAUCCGCCUCUGGACAUACUUAUAUGAAUACUUUUUUAUAUUGAUUGUACUACUUUUUUACUGCUUUAAUUAUUGCUUAUUUAGAUGUAUUACUAUUCGCUGCCUCUGUAUUUACAAAAUUUUAUGACUGCAUGCAUUAAGUUUUUCAUUUUUUUGCGAUCUUGCUUGAAGUAGUUGAAGUAUAUAUUAUUAUCUGUGUAGU